ACCUGAAAAACCCCAAAAAAUAACAAAACAAUUUUGUAAAUUUGAAGUCUUCUCUCAUUAAAGCCCUCGAUCUCAUCUCCACUCAAUUCACGGAUCUAGGGUUCAACAUACGAAUCAAGCAGUCUCCGAUAGAAAUGGGGGCGGUUCCGUCGACGCCUCGCUGGAGCGGCGAGAGGCCGCCGGAGGCGGAGGAGCAUUUGAUCGGAGCGUUCGUCGGGGAGAAAUCGUACCCGAUCUCGUCGGAGUUCUGGAAGAAGCUGCUCGAGCUCCCCCUCGAUCGCCAAUGGCCGCAGCAUCGCGUUGCUGAAGCCUGCCAGAUCUUUGCGCAGAAUAACUAUCAAACAAGACACCUUGCGAAAAUUUUGGUUCACAUGGUUUGGUGUUUGCAAGAGUGCAUGACGACUGCUUCAGGAUCAUCUUUGAGUUAUAUGAAGGCUGUGAAUGCAACAUACAUAUCAUCUGUAUUUCUCAAGUUCAUUAUUGAAAAUGCAACAACUGAUACCUUUGAAGAACUGUAUCUUAGCCUGGAUGAUGCCGAAGCAGGGCAGAACAUUUUGCCUUUGGGUGAAAGGAUUGAGAGUUAUGUUAUGCAAGGUGUACUUAAUUUCAUUGGUACAUCAGAUGUAAAUGCUCACUCUUGCCUUCUCCAUCAUGAACUCCUGAACUUUAUGAUGGUGGCCAUGUCAACCCAACUUUGUUCAGGGCCAACCCCAGCUCCAAAGGAUGUGCAUCCAUUCAUUGAUGCUGCAAUGCUUCAGGAAGGUACUGUGGUGACUUCUGUUGUUCGCAGACUAUUGCUGAAUUUUAUCACAAGACCGCGUAUUCCUUUUAGGGGUACCGCCUAUCCUGUCUAUUCAGAUGGGAACGAGCCAGGUGUUCUGCAGAGAGUUGGUUCUGCUGCUGCAAACUUUGUGUUAUUGCCAUACUAUACAUUCAACUAUCUAGUUAGUUCAAGUGGAGAAGUUUCAAGAAGUCCAUUGGCAGACAUCAGUCUACUUGUUUUGCUUAUUCUUAUUCAUUACAGAAAGUGUGUUAAGGUGGAUAUGUCCACUGCAAAUAAUAACUUAGAGGAUGUUGACUCUCGUACCUAUUUGAAGGAGAAUUCAGUCUUUUAUGACAACCCUUACUGCAAGGCUCUUGAAAAUGCUCGAGAUAUUGAAUUUGAUCGCGUUGAUAUAGAGGGGAAUGCACAGAAUGGACCACUUGUGAGAUUACCUUUUGCAUCCUUGUUUGACACACUUGGAUUGUGCUUGGCUGAAGAGAGCUCUGUCUUGCUACUCUAUUCCUUGCUCCAUGGAAACUCUGAUUUUCUGGAGUACGUCUUGGUGCGAACUGAUUUGGAUACAUUGUUGAUGCCGAUCCUCGAAACGCUUUACAAUGCUUCAAGGAGGACGUCCAAUCAAAUCUACAUGUUGUUAAUUAUCCUCCUCAUUCUUAGUCAGGACUCAUCUUUCAAUGCUAGCAUUCACAAGCUGAUUCUUCUAAAUGUUCCAUGGUAUAAAGAGCGUCUUCUCCAUCAUACAUCUCUUGGUUCUUUGAUGGUUGUUAUACUUAUAAGAACUGUGAAGUACAAUCUCUCCAAGUUGCGGGAUGUCUACCUUCAUACCAACUGUUUGGCGAUCCUGGCAAACAUGGCUCCUCACGUUCACAGAUUAAGUGCAUAUGCAUCCCAGAGGCUGGUUAGCCUUUUUGAUAUGCUCUCUCGCAAGUAUACCAAACUUGCAGAAUUGAAAAAUGAUAAAAUUCAUAAAAUUACUUCUGAGCAAGAUGGAGACAGUACGACUGAAGACAUGUCGACGGAGCUUCAUAUUUAUACAGAUUUCUUAAGAAUAGUAUUGGAGAUUCUAAACGCAAUCAUCACAUAUGCUUUGCCUCGGAAUCCUGAGGUUGUAUAUGCAAUAAUGCACCGACAGGAGGUCUUUCUGCCAUUCAAGAGUCAUCCACGAUUUAAUGAGUUGCUUGAAAACAUAUAUACAGUUUUGGAUUUCUUCAAUAGUCGCAUGGAUAUGCAGCGGACAAAUGGUGGAUGGUCUGUGGAUGAUGUCCUCCAAGUCAUUAUCAUGAAUUGCAGGUCAUGGCGUGGUGAGGGGAUGAAGAUGUUCACUCAAUUGCGUUUCACUUACGAGCAAGAAAGUCAUCCUGAGGAGUUCUUUAUUCCCUAUGUAUGGCGGUUAGUUUUGUCCCACAGCAGUUUCAGCUUCAAUCCUGAUGCCAUAAACUUGUUACAUAUGGAUCUGCCUGUAAGUGAUACACCAAGUGGUGAAGUAGCUGUAUAGGCGCUAACUAGUGCUAAAAGUCAAAAAACUAAGGAAAAGGCUGAUAACGAGAGUUAUUUACACCCUCCGGUAAACGUAGCUGUAUAAGGUGCUAUAUAUCCCUAAAAGUCUUCAAAGCUCCCGAGAUCAGGUUGUCGGGUUUUGUUGUACAUAAAAUAGCAAGAGAUGUUCGUCUCAUUCUUUAUGUUUAUAUUACCUUUUAACUCCGCUGUGUACUCCUGGUUGGGUGAAUAUAGAUAUGAGCACAGUUAAUAAAAGAAAAGUUAGUUGCAUGUUCAA